AUGGCUCGUGUCGCCAAUGAACUCAACAGCCCGGCCAGCAUGGCUGUACCUUGCGCCAUCAACGACCCCGGCAGCCCGGCGCUCGGCACGACUACAGCUCGCGUCCCCGACGACCUCGGCAGCCUGGUGCCCGGCACGACUAUGGCACGCGUCUCCGACGACCUCGGCGGCCCGGCGCCCGGCACGACUACGGCUCGCGUCUCCGACGACCUCGGCGGCCCGGCGCCCGGCACGACUACGGCUCGCGUCUCCGACGACCUCGGCGGCCCGGCGCCCGGCACGACUACGGCUCGCGUCUCCCACGACCUCGGCGGCCCGGCGCCCGGCACGACUAUGGCUCGCGUCUCCGACGACCUCGGCGGCCCGGCGCCUGGCACGAGUACGGCCCAUGUCCCCGACGACCUCGGCAACCCCGUGCCCCGCACGGCCACAACACCCGGCCGCGCCGACUUACCCGUCAGCCUGCACGGCCACGGCGACGCGCCUUGGCUGCACUGGCUACCUCCUCGGCCACCCGAUCAGUUGGCCAUGACUACUCAGCCAUGCCGGCUACUUUCUCUAACAUCCGGCUUCGUCGACUUCAUGAAGACCUUCAGCGAUCCGCCGGUGAUUACUUCAACCACGUGUCGCAUUGCCGACACGUACUCGCCUCGACUAGAAAACUAG